UGACAUACAUUUUUUUUAUUUGAUACAGCUCUUUUGUGUCUGCUUUAUUAUUGUUUAUUGAUAAUUAGUCAGAACUUAUCAAGUAGGUUCUGUUGUGAUAAGUGUCCAUUAAAAGAUAACUAAUGACUCAGGUUUUGACUCUUAUCCUGUAAUACAUUUACUACAGUGUUUAUGGGAAUACACGAUGAUACAAAUAUUUAAGAGUCUAAAUAAAAAAAAUAAAAGAAAUAAAUUGGGAAACUUAAAUUUGAACGAGACUCAUUCAGUCAAAGAAGAAGCAAUACCUGAAGAUACCGAUCUAUCUGUAAGAGAUGUUGUGGACCUCUUGGAAGAGCAAAAUGCUAUCAUCACUGGUAUGUAUUUUCAUUUUGUAUAAAAUUAAGUAAAUACUUAUAAUAUUUAUACAAUAAUUGGAUGUUUACAGGUGGUAAAACCAAAGAAGGUUAUCCCAUCAUCACACUACCUGAUCUCGCCAAUUUUUCCAACCUCCUUGAUACAGAUUACCAAAAGCUUAUGACAUACCUCACUUCAGUUCCUUCAAUGCACGAAGCUGACUUAGGAUUUGCCCUUGUUAUUGAUCGAAGAAAUGACAAAUGGAGUUCAGUGAAAACAACACUAAUCAAAAUAUCAGGUUUUUUUCCUGGCCUAAUUCACAUUGCCUAUGUUGUAAGGCCUUCUGGGUUUUUCCAGAAAGCAAUUUCAGAAGUUAGCAACAAGUUUUUUAAAGAAGAAUUCAAAUUUAAGGUCAUUGUCUGCAGUAAUCUGGAAGAACUUCACCAGUUUAUAGAUAAAUCAGAACUUACAAAAGAACUUGAAGGAACAAUGCAGUAUUCACAUCAAAGAUGGAUCUCACAAAGGAUAGGUUUGGAAGAGUUCUCUCGACAAACAAGCUCGGUAUCUGGCUCCUUAGACAAAUUUACCACACGAUUACGGGAAAGUCCUGUUGAGCCUCAAGUCGGAGCCCUCAAUUCUGAGACUCAAGACUACCUUGCUCUUAAAGAAGAGAUCUUGAGGACAGCAAAAGGUGGAGAAACUCUACUGGCUCACUUCCGUCUUGAAUCUGGCCCAUCUUCUCUAGUCAAUAUAACCGCAGUUGAAAGGCUCCUUGUACAACUUGAAGAAACUGAAAGGACUUUUGAUGAAUUCUGGGCUGAACAUUCUUCAAAGUUACGCCAAGCUAUUGAAAUUCAGCGUUUCAAUGCUGACUAUAAGCGAACUCAGAGCGUUCUAGAAGCUGAUCUAAAAGCUGUCUCCGAAUCUACAGAGAUCGGAGAAACAGUUCAAAGAAUGGAAUAUCUGAUUGCGGAGUUUACUGCUCUAGAAAAAGCUUGCAUUCGUGAUAUGGAUCAGUGUGAUGAAGUGCUGAGUUUUGGAAGAAGUUUACUCCGUGGGAGGCAUUAUUGGCCUCUUGAGUCAGUAACUGUACGAUGUGAAGAGCUGGAGAGAGCAUGCUCAGUUCUCAAGGAGCGGCUGGCACAACGGAGUCGCUCUCUAGCCAAAUCCCACCAAUUACAAAUAACAGUUGACCAGGCCAACAAAUGGUGCAGCCAUGGAAUAGACCUCUUGGGAGCUAAACACCUUGAUAAUUGUUCUUGUGCCUUCGAUGUAGCUCAAGUUUCUUUAGCACAACUCACAGAAUUCACCAAAACAGCAGAUCAGUUUAACUCUCUUCUUGUUGAGUAUUCAACACCUGAAACGAAAGCUCUGGUUUCUCAGGUUUUACAGCGUAUAGAUGAUGUCCGGACAAUGUGUGAUAAACGGGUCGUCACACUGAGGAGAUUGGUCGAACGUCCUCCAGGACCCACGGGUCCAGAACCUCCAGCACCGAUGGUGCCUCCUCCUCCACCCUCCAGUCAUGAUUAUAUCCUCAAUAAGACAACUAUUCAGAACCAUAAAGAUGAAACUGACAAUUCCAGAAUGACAAAUGGUGUUUUGGAAAAAGAACAGGAAGUUAAGAGAGGUCAUGUCCUCGCCGAGCUUCUAGAAACUGAGCGGCUUUAUGUAUCUGAGCUUGGAUCAAUAGUUGAGGGUUACAUGAGGGCAAUGGACGAUGAUGAGCUUAGGCACUUAUUACCCGUUGAAGUCCAAGAUAAGCGCUACGAACUGUUUGGCAAUCUUGAAGAAAUUUACAAAUUUCAUGGAGACAUUUUCUUGCAGGAUCUUGAAAAUUGUAUAUCAACCACUGAGCUGGUUGCUCUUUGUUUUACACAUAGGAGAGAUGCAUUACACAAACUGUACAGUACUUAUUGUCAGAACAUCCCACGCUCCGAGAGGCUUCGAGAGAGAACCAGUGAUGACUCAUUCUUCAAGGCUUGCCAGACUAGGUUAGGGCACAAAUUACCUCUUGCUGCUUAUUUACUCAAGCCUGUACAAAGGAUCACAAAAUAUCAAUUGCUCAUUAAGGACUUACUUGGAUACAGUGAUGGAAAGAAAUGGUGUGGAGAAUUACAGGAAGCAUUGGAUUGUAUGUUGGUCGUCCUGAAGUGCGUAAAUGACAGUAUGCAUCAGAUUGCAAUCACUGGCUACAGGGGUGAUCUGGCUGCUCUUGGGGAAUUGUUGAUGCAGGGGAGCUUUUCUGUUUGGAGUGAAAGCAAAAAAGACAGAUUGAAAGAGUUGCGUCUCAAACCACGCUCACGACACAUUUUCUUAUACCGAGCAGCUCUGCUCUUUACUAAGCGUACUGCUCUUCACUCUAAAGCUACUUAUCAUUACAAGCGGAUUGUGAAGAUGGGUGAAAUAGGUCUUACAGAAAGUGUCAAAGGUGAUAACAGACGUUUUGAGAUUUGGUCACCUGGAAGGAGUGAAGUCCACACCAUUCAGGCACCCAGUUUACAGGCAAAGGCUGCGUGGGUCGAUCAGAUAAAGGCAUUACUCUUGGAACAGUUAACACAACUCAAAGUUAAACAAGGUGUUAAGCACUCUGGAUUGAGAGCUAUGUCCCUUGACGGAGGCCUUGUCAAAGGCAGAGAAGAAGACGAACUGGCUUCUUCAUCAGAUUUCUCAAAUUCAGAUGAUGAAGAAACAUUUACUAAUCAGGGCAGCCGUUAUCGAGUCCUAGCUGAUUAUACAGCUCUUAGCCACAGUGAGCUGAGCAUGAAGGAGGGAGACCUUGUAUCUCUUCUAAAGGUUGGGUGUGCAGGCUGGUGGUACGUCAGAGCAUUUGGUAACACUAGUUAUGGACGGUCUGAUGGCUGGGUUCCUGCUGCUUAUCUUGAACUUGCAGCUCGGAAGUCAUCACGUAGUUGUCACUCAGUGGCAAGUGAUACAUCUUCUCAAAAUGAUUAAAUUUCAUUCGAUAGCAGAUGUGGCCACGAUUAAUCUUUAUUUUAUUUAAUAUUUGAAUUUACUAUUUAUUACUUUAUUUUAUUACUACAAAUAGGGUGACCCAUUUGUAUUUCCAACAUAUUUAUAAUUUUAAUGAUUAACUGAGAAAAAUGGUUGUUAUGUCUCUAUGAAAGUACUUAUUUUUCUUGGUUUUCAUUAUAAUUUGGUACUCUUUAAAACUUUAGUUCCUCCUAUUUGAAUUUAUUAUUGUAAACAAAGUUUGUUUGUUAAAGCAGAAUUCGAUGCUAUUUUUUUUCUCAUGGAAAAAAGACACCAAGACUCAAAGUAAGUCAUUGAAUUUUCUACCUCCUUUACUCAAAAUCCUGUUGCUGGUAUUAUUAUUAAGAGUAUUAGAGUGAGGUGAAAAAAAAAAUAUCACUAUUUUCCCUCUCCUUAUUAGUUAUUAAUUUAUCACACCUAUUGGCAUUUACUAUCUUUAAAAAAUUAAUUAUCUAAGAGAAAUAAGAAAAAGUAUUUAAGUAGAUGAUGUAGAUUUUAUAUGAUGAUGUGAAAGCAUUUAUAAAUUGUUUUAAGUUUAAGUUUUUUGUGAAGCACCUGUUUUUCUCUAACUGAUAAUCUUAUUUGUUUUUAGAAAAGCUUAAAUAUGUAUAUAACAUUGCAAGACAAUUUUGUAUGUUUCAAAUAUUUAACGAGUAAUAAUGUGUGUUGUAUAAUUAUGGCAGGAAAUAUUUUUUAAAAAUUUGUGAUAGUGAAACACGAAAAGACUCGUGAUAAGUAAAAGUAAAUAAGGUUGUUUAAUGGUCGAUGAUUUAUGAACCAAUGGGUGAAAAUUGGUAAAUUUUUCCUUGCCCUAAAACACAUCUUUUUAUUGUAUUGGAAUGAAAUGCAAGUGAUCAUUGAAAUAUGGAAAAGACUGUACAAACAUCUUUUAUUUUAGCUAAUAGGUUAUUUUUUUACUCUUAUUUUUUUCAUGUAUUUUGUGAUAAUCUUGCAUGUUUGAAAUUAGAUUAUGGAGAGUUACGCACUCAUGUCAGUAGUACCCCUGUUUGUCAUGGGUAAAUUUUAUUUUUUUUAUUUAGUUGUCUUACUGAUUUAAAUGGUAUUAGGGUUGUUUAAAACGAUUAUUUCACGAAUGUGAAAAUAUUAUUACCAGUUCAUUGGUUUGGUCAAACAUAAUUAUUAAAAUGUCUUGAUUAGUCUAUAAGAAAAUUGAUCUCAUGAUUCACAGCUUAUGUAGGAUUCAUUUUCAUAUUAACUUUAUUUUGUGACUCGCUCAUUUAUUGUCUCUCUCUCAUACUUUAGUCGUCGACUAUGAAAGAAUACUGUACUGGAUGUUUCAUAUUUCUGAAGAUGUACACUGAUCUCAAAAUUAUUGAAUAUGAAAAUAUUUAUUGAAAAUCAAAAACAUGACCACUCUUGAUUAUUUUUUCUGCCAUCAAAUCAACUAAUAGUUAAUGCAUGUAGUGUAUUUCAAGAUAUAUAACAAAGAUCCUCUGAAUCAAAAUUAGUAAUACAGUUACGUUUUUAGUCUUAAAUUCAAAAUGCAUUGAAGUAAUGAAGUAUGAAUUGCUGAGGAAUAUUUUAAUUUUCUUUCAUUACAAGGUGUCUACCAGUUUGUAAUUUCAGGAAUAGGUUUAGAUAGGAAAAAGUGAAGAAUAAGUUAGAAAUUCACAGUACAUUUUUUAAAAUUUGGGGGAAAGUUGUCAUUAGUAUUUGGGGAAAGUAUUUGUUAGUAGUGAAAUAAUUUGUAUUUUCAUGUCUCAUUGUGUUAUCUUAUUUAUUAUCACAUUUGAAGGAAAUUUCGAAUAUGAUCUAUUCUAUGUUUGAUCAAUCAUGUUUUGUAUUGUAAUUAUGCUUAAGGUUAAUCAUACGAAGUGUUUUUUAAUUGAUUUAAUCUUUUCCUUUUUAGCUGUAUCAUGCAUGUAUGAUCUUUUUUGGUAUUAUUUGAUCUCAAAAUAAUUGGAUACUUGCUCCAAUUUUCAAUUUGUAUUGAUAAAGGAUGAUUAGGUCAGGACAGCAAAAAGCUCAGUAUUUUUCUUAGAUAGAUAGAUAGAAGAAAAACUUUAUUCUGGGAGUCCCUUUAGAAUAACAAAAUUGUACAAAAGAAUAGAGUAAUACUGGCCUAAAAGUUUGAAACAAUAAAUAAAAUUAAUAAAAUAAACUAAAAAGUAAAGAAAACCUUAGGUGAACAAGCUAUAUAAAAUACUUCUUAUGUAUAUUUGCCAAGAUAAUUUGAGUUAAAGAAAAGUAAUGGGGACAGAUCUACAUCAGAAUAAUGGAAACAAGGCUACAUUCUGGGCUGUCAGAUUCUAGCUCAUAUCAUUGAGUAUCUUCUAUGUUUUAGCUUAAAAUGGUGUGCCCAGCUUACAAAUUCCAUCCAAGUAAUAUCUUUCCAUUUUUUCUUUCUUCCUUGUUGUCUCUGAACAAAAAUAAUUAGUUAAACAUCUCUUUUAUUAUAUUUAAUAAAUGCUUGUUUAUAAAAUAGAGCUAAUAGAGAUUUGACAACAGUUGUACACUUCAGGCUGAAGUAGGCUCAGGCCAUGUCCGUUUUUGCAAUUUUUCAGCUAAAUAUGAACCUUUUUUUAUUAUUAUGAAAGUGCGAUCUCAAUCUUACAAUUGUUCGUUAUCACUUGAAUUCUAUUUUAGCUCAAAUCUAUACAGUUCUUUCCAUGCAAGUACUUUAUUUACUUUUUAUUUUGUAGGCAUGUUUUCUCAAAUAUUCUCAGCUAUAUUUUCUGUAUUCUUAUUUUCUAUUCCAGAUUUUUAAAUUAUUUCAUAAUUUGCAUCCCUUGUAACAAGGUCAAUGUUGAUUUAAUUUGGCAAUGCUAAGGAUUGAAAAAUUACUAAUAUUAAAUUCUAAUAUUUUUUCCAAUACUUAGAAAGAUCAAUAAAAUGUAUUAAAAUUUAUGUAUCAUAAUUUCGAUAGCUGCAGUUCAUACAUUUAAAGUAGAUAAGUAGCAGAGGUUUCCAAUAUGCAUUGAUUUGUUAGAUUAGUUUUCCUUGUACAUUUGAAAAAAUGUUGCUAUUUUGGAUUAUUGGAAAAGUCAGGCAUAAGUUAGGACUUUCAGUUAUUGAAAUUGGUAGACACCCAUGCAUUAGGACGAAACUCUUAAUUCUCAAAAUGGUUCUGAUAAAGUUGGGUACCACUUUUUUCAUUUCAAAGGUUUUAUCUAUUAAAUUUCAAAUCUGGAUUACAUGAUGGCCAAGAAUUGAAAAACAGUAGCUACUAUUAUUACCAUUUUAUUUUAGUACAGAAAUAAAUAAUUACAAUAAAUGUUAAGUUAAAAUUCCUUUAAUAUCAAAUCAAUACGGUUUAUAUUUUUUAAACUCUAGCGCAUUACCUCUUUUUUGGAGUAUCAGUGCAAAUUUGGGUUUUAAAUAUAAUAUUAUAAAUUAUUUAUAAAGAUUAAAAAAUAAAUUGUGAGUAUUCUUUUAAUACUAUAUUUUUUAUUGACAUAAUUUGAUUAAUGACAGGUAAUAAUUUCGGCAAAGUGCAUAUCCAUAAUAUUUAUAUUCUAUAAACAUUUUUUUAUAUUAAAUAUUUAAAUUUGGAAAUCAUUGUUGUUACAUAAAAAACAUUCAUAAUAGCAUUCAUUAUUUGGGAUAAAAUAUUUGAUAAUCAAUUUUAAGGUGGAAUGUUAUGUCUUUUCUUAGUAUUGAAUAAUUACAAAAUAAACCCAUUUGAAUUGGUAUGUGUCUUGGGAGAAUUGAAAGGCAGCAUUGCAUAAUAUUUUUAUUCCAAAGAUAUGAAUUUGUUAAAAAAAGUAAUAUCUAGUCAAACUCACUGCUAGUCAGUUAUUCCGACCUUUACAUUAAUUUAAUAUUAUCAUUUAAUAAGAAGUGAAAAGCUGUCUCUAAGAAUUAUGAAAUCAAAUAUCUAGACCAAUUUAUAUCAAUCAAUAUAAAGUUCGUUGGUUUAUUAAUAGAAAUGAUUAAUGAAUAGUUUCUUUUCUUAAAAAUAUUCAAGCUCAUGCAUCAAUAAGUAUUACCUUUACCAAUGUGUUACCUAGCAAUCUUAUUUAUUUUCAGGAUACACUUUUAAAGUAAUAACUUCGGUGAUUUCAUUCUUGCAAAAUCAUCUGUUCUUUCUCAUUCCCUCUCCUCAAGUUGUGUUUUUUUUUUUUUACUAAGCAGAGAUAAAAUCAGAUUUACAUUUAUCAGUUCCGUUGUGUUUUAUUUAAGUUAGUAGUUUUUUGCCUUAUUGAUUUCAAUUAGAAAAUUAAUGUCAUUAAUAUUGAAUUGAGCUGUUUCUUAACUGAAAUUUUGAUGGAAAGAAUUAAAGAACAUUGAAGAUUCCUAAUAAUCACUUUCCAUUUGUCAGCUCCAUGCUACUUUUAUUUCCAGGUUUUUGUAUUACCACACUUAGGCUAUAAUUUUUUCAAUAGAUUUUUUUCUAAAUUAUUGUCCAGCCUACAUGAUAAUUUUGUAAUGCUUAGAUUCUUUCGUAUGUGAUUAAAUUUAAGUUAAGCACCACCCCAUCGUGUUAUCUUAUUGCCUAUCAGUUGUAUUCUAUUUCCACAGGCCUUCAUUAUUUUGACAUUUAUUUUUAAUCUGGUUAUCAAGACUUCAUUGUAUUGUUUAAAUAAUUAUUCUUGAUAGACUCUUCAUGAAAAGCUUUACAUGUAAUGAAAUCAUCAAGUUACCCUUUAUUAUUAUAAUUUAAAUUAUUAAUUUAUUUCCACUUUUCAAUGAUUUAAGUUGACUUUUUAUAGUCUUAAGGGAAAGGGAUGUUGAGUUUUAAAAUAUUAUCCAUUCCUUAAAAAAUAUCAAAAUUUAA